UUGCGGGAUAAACAAUAACAAAAGCCGGUGAAAAGAAAAUUUAAGAUAUGAUAAAUUGGAAAAACUUUGAUUUAUUCUUACCAAUAUUAUAUUUUUUUGGUUCAUUGCCUGUAUUUUUAAAAGUUUAUAAAACUUCUACACAAGUUAUUGAUGAAGAAUUUCAUUUGCGCCAAGCAAAACAUUACUGUGCAGGGAAUUACGAUGUAUGGGAUCCAAAAAUUACAACCUUACCAGGGCUUUACUUGCUUACCACAAUAUUGCUACCAUUAAAAUUUUGUACGACUUUUAAUUUGCGGAUAGUUGUUUUACUCUUCGCAUCUUUGAAUUUAUAUUUAAUAAGACAAAUAUUAUAUAUUCUCAACGGGAGAAACAAAAAAGAUGUUUUUGCUGCUAUCAAUAUAUCGAUUCUACCUCCGCUAUAUUUUUUUUCUCAUCUAUAUUACACAGAUGUAGUUUCUAUAACAACAGUUUUGGGGCUUUAUUAUUUUUGGCUUAAUAAAAUGCAUAAAUCAGCCGCUUUUUUUGGUUUUUGGGGUAUCCUAAUAAGGCAAACUAAUGUCGUAUGGAUCGUUAUGUUUUUGGGGAUAUCCUGCAUAAAUUGUCUUAUGAAAAGCUAUAAAAUGCGAGCGAAACAUAAACAUUGUAGAGAUGAAAUAUUUUAUGAAGCAAUGAAAUGGCAUUUGAUGAACUUGAAUGAACUUGUAGCUUUUGUUUAUUCUGUAAUUAAAACUUUUUGGUCUUACAUUCUUGUUUUAUUAUUAUUUGUAAUAUUUGUAAUAUUCAAUGGAUCUAUCGUUGUUGGAGAUAAAACAGCUCAUGUUGCCACUAUACAUUUACCCCAGAUAUUUUAUUUCAGUUUGUUUAGCACGAUAUUUGGAUUUUCAGUUCUAUUGCCUAAACUUCUAUCAUCCUUGAAGUUAAUUUAUAAAAACAAAUUUUUUUUUAUAAUGUUAUCUUGUUUAUUUUUUGUAAUUAUUAAAUAUAAUACGUUGGAACAUUCUUAUUUAUUAGCAGAUAAUCGACAUUAUACGUUCUAUAUUUGGAAUAGAUUCUAUUCAAAAUAUGAUUUUUUUAGAUAUUUGAUGAUUCCAAUUUAUAUUGUAGGAUUAGUAUUGGUUUACGAAUCAAUUAAGCACAGAGGUCUUAACUUUAUUAUAAUGUUUAGUUUUGUAACAAUUCUCGUUUUAAUUUUACAAAAUUUACUAGAAGUACGAUAUUUUUUAAUACCAUUUUUAAUAUUUAGAUUAAAUGUUAAUAUUAAUAAUAAUUUUGUAUUAAUUUUAGAGUCUUUCCAUUAUUUAAUAUUAAAUAUAUUUACUUUUUAUAUAUUUUUCACAAAAGAAAUUUAUUGGAAUGAUUUUAAUGAUGUCCAAAGACUUAUUUGGUAA